GUAGCUUGCGUAGCAUGGCGGUUUUGUCGAACGCACUACUGCCCGCCUUUAAUACUUUGCGCGCGCAAGCGAGGAAGCUAAGUAGCCUGAUUCAUUCGAUUGCUUACUGAGGGAAUAGUAAUCGGAUGAAGGUACUCAGGUGGAACGCGUCCCCAGGCUGUUUAUGAUCCGUAUCUUCGCAGUGUAGUUUUGUACUUCCUGUUUCAAUUCUGGGUUAACGGGCGAAAGUUCACAAUUUCUGUCAGAAAAAUGUCCAACUCGUUUCCUGUCCCAGACCUAAUUGCAAAGAAGCGUGAUGGCGAUGAACUUUCCGAGAGCGAAAUACACCACUUCAUUAAAUGUGCGACGUCCAAUUCUGCCUCUGAAAGCCAGAUUGGGGCUAUGCUAAUGGCUAUCUACCUCAAGGGAAUGAAUCGCGAUGAAACUGUACAUCUCACCAAGGCCAUGAUGUCGACAGGAAGCAUUUUAUCGUGGCCUGAAGAAUGGCAGGGAAGCGUGGCGGAUAAGCAUUCGACGGGUGGCGUCGGGGACAAAGUUAGCCUCGUGCUUGCACCCGCUUUAGCCGUUUCAGGGAUCAAGGUCCCCAUGAUUUCUGGACGAGGUCUUGGGCACACAGGUACGCAUUUUAUGUACUUCGUUUAUUCAGUGCUAAAUUUCAUCUUCUAUUUUACGUUUCUUGAUGUCGAAUCGCCUCCACUAUUGAGCUUGCUGGUUUCUUGAUUUAUUAUUCAAUUGUGAAUCAUGCAUGUACGUUUCUUUUAAUUGAGUUUUAGUUUGUAACAAAAGUCGCUGUAAAACCUUUCAGCUGGCUGUAGUAAUAAAAUAUUACUUGUGUAUUCACAAUAUUCCUCGUAUUUCGGCUAUGUAUUUUAUUUACACUUCUCGGAAGCAAAACAAAUUUAGGCUGUUCUUGGUCUUAUUAGCCCUAAUGAGGAACUUGAGGGGAGGGGCGAAGGGCUUAAAAAAAUAAACAUUGCAGUUGCUUAAUUCAUAAUUUGACGACCACAGGAAUAAAAGUGUCCAAGAAGUUCAAGAGUCAACAUAAUAUACAUAAUGUCUCUUAAAUAAAGUUUGGGGUUCCUAAAAGGCUGAAGACCAAUAUCACUACUAAACUAAUAUCAUUUCAAAUGUCUGAUUUUUUAUUUCAUGGAAAACUAAAUUAACCCUUUAAUCCCGGAUAUUAACCUUUUAAUUAACGCAUAUUUGGGCAUAGAUGGUAAGGUAUUAGAACUGCUAUAAAGUGAAAAAAUGAUCAUGCUUAUAAAAUCGCUUAUUUGAAAUGUAACCUAAACUAAAAUUCCAAAAAUGAAGCAUUUUUAUUGAAGAAACCGAGAAAAUAAAGGCCAGAGUUGGAAUCUAAGAAAAUGGAAUGCAGCCCCAGGUCAAAUGUAAGCCAUCUUUUUCACAAGGGAGAUAUUCAUCUUGAUGCCCAGGCAAAGAAAUCAGGGACUUUAGUGCGCAAUAUGUGGUGUCUCGUGAGCAUGUAGAGAGAACAGAACCCUGAGUGGUCAAAGUCCAUCAGAGUCAAGGCAAGACAAGAAAAAGUAAGAGGAAAGAAGCAGAAAUCUGUGGACGACUAUGAUUAGGCUUCUCUGCUAGAACAAGGAAAGCAAGGGACACUCACAAUGCCUGAAGUGGAUAAGCACCACCCCCUACCAAACAAAGGUAAAAAACCAGGUAAGAUGCGAUGCAUCACACUUCACUUAUCCGCAGGCAACGCAUACAUGGGUCCACAAGAGAACAUCCAGGAAGAACAUGAAGAAGAAAGUGAGGAGGAAGUGGAUUUAGCAGAGGUUGACAGUGGUGAUGACUCAAGAGACAGUUGUCUUGACAGUGAAUCAACCGACAAUGGCAGUGAGCUUACAGAAGUUACUAUGUCUAAUACUUCUUCAAGCACCAGAUCUGGAAGAAGAGUGGGACCAACGGCACAAGAGGAACAUUUUUUUCACUAAAUCAAUGUAUGUUUCUUACAAAACAAUUCUUUUUAAACAGAAUAUUGCAUCGUGUAAAUUAUUUCACCUUAUAUAAAAGAUGGGGGGAGGGGGUUGCAUGAGUUUUGACGUUACUCUUGAGGCCUGAGCAAGAGGGGGUUUAAAGAUAUUGAAAGUGGGACAGUUAAAAAUGCCGGACCUCCCCGCAAAGGAUAAAUAAUGAACACUCCAUAAUAUCAAACAGUUUUUGAAAGUUUAAAACGUCUGUUUGAUUUCAUCUUUUAUGCAAAUUGUGGUGAAUUAUGAAAUUUCGGUACCGUUGUAGUUUCCUGCUGAAAGUUAAUGAGCUUUUAAUAAUAUUAUCUACAACAAAGUGGCUUUCGCAGGGCGCACAUACAACUCAAACCAGGUUAAACAAAUCUUGGACUUAAUUUAAACGCGCGGCGCGCGAUAUAGGAUUAUGAUAACAACACUGGAAGAAGAUAAACAAACCACGCCAUAUAAUACAAGUUGUUUAUACUGAUGUAACUGGGUUUUAGACCCACUCACCUCUUUGUUUUUUGUGGCUCUUUCUCUACCCUUUUCCAAAGAUUUUCCAGAUUGUUUGCUGACAAGCGACGUGAAAGAACCCUCCGAAAUAAGAGGCAAACUGGGCCAUGCUUGAUCUUUGUCCACAAAUGAAUCCGGUAAUGGAUUGUUUACUUCAUUAAUCUCGUGAACGCUGUUGGAACUGUAAACAGGCUCCGAAACGAUUCCAUAACGCCCAGAGCUUAUAGAUGGAAGCAUAGAGACUGAAAUGAGUAUCUCCUAAGAGUGAGCAUGGGAGAAAUUUGAAAGACUGUUAAACCGGGUACGACCACUCAAAUCAAAGCUCCAUGGAGACGUUCUAGAAACUGCAGGAUACCAUUUGCUUUAGUCGUCCAACUCUCGGUAAAGAAAGUAAAACAGAACAGCAGGAAAGGUGCUCUCUUCCUACUCUAUACGUAUCACUCAAUUUCAAGGCAAUUGAAUUCAGUUUUCAUAACGUAAAGCAAGUCGGUUCCCCAGAAACUCAGUCUUCGGAUUAGAUGUGUCAGGGAGGGGUGGGUUGGGGGGAUCGGAGGAGAUCAAUACGACGCGCUCGCAUGACCGUGACGAGAUACUCCCUGCUCCGGUGGGAUGGGGAAAUGGCAAUUCGUUCUUUUUCUUUUCUUUUUCCUAUUUUUGCUGUUGUUGUUGACUUUUUUUUUUCGGCUUUCACUGUCAACAUUUUUUAAAACCUGUCCAUUUUUUUAUUAUUCCAUUUUCAUCAUCAUCAUCAUCGAUUGCCCGUUUCAGAAGGCGAACUUUUCAUGAACCGAAUCGCGAACGAGCAAAUUAUUUUGAUUCAGACGCCGAUCAUAAUUCCAGCCGAAUUAAAGUCAAAAGGAGAAAAAUGCUCAUUUCGGUCAAACUGCUUACAAAAUGCGUUGUAACAACUUAUACAUUUGGUUCGGUACAUGAAAAGUUUAUUUUCGGAAUUUUACGGUCAUUGACGUCGUUUGGUGUUUUGAAAACCUUGACCGGAAGUGCUGACCUGAAAAUAGUGUUACAAAACAUGGUUUCUUUUUCUGAGCCCAGCGUAAACCUAACGCUUAACUUGAGAUCUAUAAAGCAUUUCAGGAUCGCUUGACUGUUCUUAAUAGACAUACGAUAGUUUAGAUUACUGGUUUUUUCGAUUUGUGAAAUUUAUUGAGAAUAUAAGACUGCCGGUCAUCAGCAUUAAUUAACCUUGACCGGUUAAUUACCGGCCAUAUAGCCACAGCGUAAAUCGAAUGCCAUAAAUAUUGUAAUAAAUAAACAAAUAAAUAAAAGUUCGGCGUCAGUAGCUUGCGUAGCAUGGCGGUUUUGUCGAACGCACUACUGCCCGCCUUUAAUACUUUGCGCGCGCAAGCGAGGAAGCUAAGUAGCCUGAUUCAUUCGAUUGCUUACUGAGGGAAUAGUAAUCGGAUGAAGGUACUUAGGUGGAACGCGUCCCCAGGCUGUUUAUGAUCCGUAUCUUUGCAGUGUAGUUUUGUACUUCCUGUUUCAAUUCUGGGUUAACGGGCGAAAGUUCACAGUUUCUGUCAGAAAAAUGUCCAACUCGUUUCCUAUCCCAGACCUAAUUGCAAAGAAGCGUGAUGGCGAUGAACUUUCCGAGAGCGAAAUACACCACUUCAUUAAAUGUGCGACGUCCAAUUCUGCCUCUGAAAGCCAGAUUGGGGCUAUGCUAAUGGCUAUCUACCUCAAGGGAAUGAAUCGCGAUGAAACUGUACAUCUCACCAAGGCCAUGAUGUCGACAGGAAGCAUUUUAUCGUGGCCUGAAGAAUGGCAGGGAAGCGUGGCGGAUAAGCAUUCGACGGGUGGCGUCGGGGACAAAGUUAGCCUCGUGCUUGCACCCGCUUUAGCCGUUUCAGGGAUCAAGGUCCCCAUGAUUUCUGGACGAGGUCUUGGGCACACAGGUACGCAUUUUAUGUACUUCGUUUAUUCAGUGCUAAAUUUCAUCUUCUAUUUUACGUUUCUUGAUGUCGAAUCGCCUCCACUAUUGAGCUUGCUGGUUUCUUGAUUUAUUAUUCAAUUGUGAAUCAUGCAUGUACGUUUCUUUUAAUUGAGUUUUAGUUUGUAACAAAAGUCGCUGUAAAACCUUUCAGCUGGCUGUAGUAAUAAAAUAUUACUUGUGUAUUCACAAUAUUCCUCGUAUUUCGGCUAUGUAUUUUAUUUACACUUCUCGGAAGCAAAACAAAUUUAGGCUGUUCUUGGUCUUAUUAGCCCUAAUGAGGAACUUGAGGGGAGGGGCGAAGGGCUUAAAAAAAUAAACAUUGCAGUUGCUUAAUUCAUAAUUUGACGACCACAGGAAUAAAAGUGUCCAAGAAGUUCAAGAGUCAACAUAAUAUACAUAAUGUCUCUUAAAUAAAGUUUGGGGUUCCUAAAAGGCUGAAGACCAAUAUCACUACUAAACUAAUAUCAUUUCAAAUGUCUGAUUUUUUAUUUCAUGGAAAACUAAAUUAACCCUUUAAUCCCGGAUAUUAACCUUUUAAUUAACGCAUAUUUGGGCAUAGAUGGUAAGGUAUUAGAACUGCUAUAAAGUGAAAAAAUGAUCAUGCUUAUAAAAUCGCUUAUUUGAAAUGUAACCUAAACUAAAAUUCCAAAAAUGAAGCAUUUUUAUUGAAGAAACCGAGAAAAUAAAGGCCAGAGUUGGAAUCUAAGAGCAAUAUUUUGGAAAUAUUUAUAAUCACAGAGCUGAAAUGGAAUGUAAUACUUCCGUUGUUGACAGAAAUGUUGCAAUUUUCACAACCAGACACCUGAUAAUGUGUUAUGAGUUUCAAGUAAGCCAGGACAAAUUAUAACAACAUUCCCUUACAUUCUGCUUCCCCAAAUAAAGUAUGAUUGUUUUGAUAUUAUGGCAUUUACAAAGCCUUCUAGAGACACGUUUGAUACAUGAUCCUUGCAAGGUUGAUGACAGAUAGGGCCACAGUUAAAUGCAAAUUAGCUCGUUGCUAAGGCUGCUGUGAUGGGAUAUACCCAGGGCGGAUAAAAUAAUGGUCUAAUAGGCUCUUUGCAUGACUGUGGUCACGUGAUCAACUUUCAGUAAACAUGUAAACAGUUUGCUUUUGAAAAAUUUUGGUAGCACCAGCUGAAAGGUCAAAUAAGAAUUUGGUAACCUGAGAAUUUUCAUCCGUACAUCUCAAAAGUAGCAAUAGCCAUGGCCGCUGAAAGUUAAGCCCUUAAAAACAUAAUACACAAAUGUUCAGAGUGCGUAUGGGGGUUAUUUGAAAUUAAAUUAGAGAAAGUCCAUGACAUCAAGUUUUCUGAAGAGAUACUAUGUCUUCAGGGAACUCUUCUAGCUUCUCAAUGCCACAAAAUCAAGAGAAAAAGCAGAUACCAAGGUACGAGGUUUGCUUUAUGAACAAAAAUCAUCCAAUUAUGUAGCUUGUUUGCAAAACAUGCGCAAAAAUUCUAAUGUCAGACCCAGAGAUUUCGCUGACGACCCUGCAGCUGUGUCUCUUGCCUUUGAGGCGAUCGAGACGAUCAUAUGGAAACUACCAAUCACCCCAGUCGUCCAGAUCGUCUCGAAAUAUUUUGAAAUGACUGGGGCGAUCAGGAUGAUCCGAACGAUCAUAUGGAAACCAGGCUUUAGAAGCAUUAAUUUGCAUGAGAAAAACAACUUUUGCCACCCAGUUACGCUUGCAUGGUUUUCCAUACAAAUCCUUGUAAAUUCUUCAAUUUUUAAACUUUCGUUUGAUCUUUCUCUUACGCAUUUAAGGGCUCAAAUUGUCUGUUGUGAAUUAAAAGGAGGUUUCAGCCCUGUAAUGCUUAAGGAAAUAUCUCAUGACAGUUUUGAAAAUUUCGAAAUUACAAGGAAUAUUGUAUGGAAAACCAUGCAAGCGUGACUGGAUGGCAAAAGUUGUUUUUCUCAUACAAAUGCUUCCAACUUUCAGUGGCCAUCACUACUGUUGAGAUAUAUGGUUGAAAAUUCUCAGGCUACCUAUUUUUAAUAUGCUCUUUCAGCUUGUGCUAACGAAAUUUUUCAAAAGGGAACUGUUUUUGUGUUUACCGAAAGUUGAUCAGGUGAUCAAGUCAUGCAAAGAGCCUAUACCUAUACAAUUAUAAGCCUAGCUUUUAAGAAACAGUUAGUAUCAAUUUCCAUAUAAGCGUAAGUGAAGCAAAAUAGAUACAAAUUGCCGUGGUUGUAAAGUUUUUUCCUUUUGAAAGCGUAAAUUCGCAUGAAAGAGUUCAGCUUGCACAAAAUAAUACAAAAUGAAACGAAUCAAAUUGAAAAGUGGUUAAAAAAAGUCAGGAUAUUUCAGUUCGUUGGAAAGUAAGUGAUUGGGUAGGUGAUUUGCAAACUGAUAAAAACAACAUCUAGCGCAGUUCAAAACCAUUCGGCUUCCUGAAUUGUUUUUCUUGAAUUCUAUACAUUCUGCUGGACUAAAUUGUUAAAUUAAAAUAUCUUGUGAAGUCAAAAUUUUUAUGAAGUUGAGCGUUUGCAUUUCCUUAUAAAACAGGAAGUAGCGCGAAAGCUUCGAUUUAUAGAUUUUCUUAAGUUAAAUUACCUUUGUAUUGUGGAAACGAUACCCUAACACUUGGGUCUUGAAUCAAAGGUUGUGACAUGCGUCGGCUUCCUUUGUGAGUGUGCAAAUAGUCAUGGGACCCGCGAUUUUGUGGGCAACACGGAUCUACAGGCGCCGUUCCGUAAUGCUCCAUCCUCGGGAAAGUCUCUUAUAAGAAUUUAUUCACUCAAGUGGAUGGGGUGGGAGUGAGCGCUUAUUUGAGUUUGAUUGGGAGGAGGAUGGGGUGGGCGCUUAUUCGAGGCUGGGCACUUAGUAACUUUUUCUGGCUUUAGGAUGGGCGCUUAUUUGAGGUGGGCGCUAAUUCGAGGUUGGGCGCUUAUUCGAAUAAAUACGGUAUGUAGGAGAAACAUUGGAUAAGUUCCCUCUCUAAAAUAUUGUUAUAACAUUAAUUUUAUUGUCUUCAUUCCUGAUCACCUCCAUUUUCCUGGCACAGUCUUUUCUACUCCUUCUAUACUUUUAUAUGCUCUUAAAAAUCCAAGAAAAAGAAUAAGGUGUGUACUGCUGAUCAUGUGUGGCAAAUUUAGCCUGCAAACAUAUUUCUCCAUGUCUUAUAUCUCCAUAUGGCCAGGAACAUUCGCAAAAAAAGCGGUAAUUUACUAGACAGCUGAGUAUAAUGCACCUAUCAAUGUAAAUCCCGUGGGGGGGGAGUGCGGGCAAGGGGCGGGGAUUUGAUGCCUGAGACUAUCCCUCUGUCGGGCUUUUGAUCGUGCGAAGUGACCCCGGAGUCGGGACAUUUGACUUUGACCGACAGAAGCCUGGUAUCAAUUCAGAAGCGGUUACCAAAUCCAUCCCUCGAGGCUUUCUGAAAGUCACGCUGUUCGAGAAAGGUGUGAAGUUUUCAUUUGUUUUAAUCGCCAUAAUCCAAUACUUUAAACUGUCAUCUAAACAGAUAAUGUCUAUUUUGAGAAAGUUUUUAUCUUCAAGUUCCCAUCUGAUUGUAAAACUUGAUUGAAAUCGAAUUCCACCAUGAAAGUCAGAGGAUUUUUUACGGGUCACUGAUCCGACCUGUUCCGACAUGUUGAGCAGAUGUUAUAAAGCAUUUUACGUUACUUUUGAAAUGUUCUUUUAAUUCGUUUUAUACAGUAUUAUAGUAUUGUUUGUUUAGAUUUUUUCCCCUGGGGUGGGGGCUUUUUUGACACUUUUGAUUGACCUUUCGUUUCCCACCCUGGGGAAAAUGAUCAAAAAAUUUUAAAAUUUGUCAAAUCCCCCCCCUUGCCCGCACUCCCCCGCCCCCCACAGGGUUUACAUUGAUAGGUACAUAAUAAUUUUUUCCAAAAAACAUCAUGGAGGCAAUUGGACAGCCUAUUUAUAACAAUCUUUAAUUAAUCUGUAAUUAGUAUAAAUUCAAGGAAGCAGGAGCCAAUUACCUUGGCUUCUUAUGGAAGUCUUGAUGGGACAACUUAUGGACAAUAAUUAUUGAAAUAAUAAUAACAAUAAUUAUUGAAAUGUUGUUUUAAUGAAGGUGGGACCCUGGACAAGUUAGAGUCCAUCCCAGGCUUCCAAGUAAACAUGGACUCCAAACAGAUGUGUGACAUCCUGGAGAAAGUUGGCUGUUGCAUUGUGGGACAGACAGAUUCACUUGUCCCUGCUGAUAAGGUGUUGUAUGGUAUAAGGGACAUCACUGGAACAGUAGCAUCAAUGCCUCUUAUAUCAAGCUCCAUUAUUUCCAAGAAAGCUUCUGGUAUGUUUAGUAAUUGCCUGUAAUGUCUGGUAAUGUCAUUUACAAAAAUAUAUCCACACUUCUUCCUUGACAGAUAUAUGUACUGUGCUAAACGCUUGAAUUGGUGCCCCCUAAACUAACACAUUAUAUAUGGUCCCGUCUUCAAAUAAGCACCCUAAACUUGCAUACCUGAAAACUCAAAAAUUAAUUAGCGCUGCCGCCAUAAUUCCAUUCCAGAAAGCAUUUCAGCCCUGGUACUUGAUGUGAAGUCCGGCAAAGCAGCAUUCUCUACCACAGAAGAAAAGGCUCAAGCCCUCGCACAUAGUCUGGUAGGAACCUGCAAAGGACUUGGGAUCAAGGCAGUGGCCCUUAUCACCAGCAUGGAUGCACCCCUGGGAAGAUUAGUUGGUAACUCUGUAGAAGUUGCUGAAGCCAUCAGCUGCCUGAAUGGAAAGGGCCCUGAGGACUUGACGGAGUUGGUGUGUGAAGAAGGUAAGAAGUCCCAUCUCUAGGAUAUCAUGACUGUUUCCAGCAAUUUGGACUUGUUGCUAAAAAUAUCCCAGACUUGCUGAAAUGAGACCCUUAUUAUAAGUUGUCAGAAGUUUAUAUAAAAUUAUGCACUUAGCAUUAUAACAUAACAAAAGUAAAUGACAUGCUCUGAUUGGUCAGUUAGCCACCGCCAUUUGCCUGUGGGUGCACGCCAUGAGUUAGCACAGUAAAAUUUAGGCAAAUUCAGCAAAUCUCCUCUCCUGACGGUAAAAUGCACCAAUGAAAUGCAAAAAGUGGAAGUCGAAGAAAAUACUCAGUUGUCAUUUUGAAGAAAAAGGGUUAAAAGAUCGAGUGACAAAUUUGCCCUGGAUAAAUUUAAUCACUGUUUUCCCCUUGGCUAGAAUUGGCAGAAGAAAAACUGAGUGAAACAACAACAACAUGAUAUUAAUUUGAGGAGGACUCGGAAAAAAAAUCCGAGUCCCAGAUGGGAUUUGAACCCACGACCCUCCGUGAUCUAGUCGGAUGCUCUAACCACUUGAGCUACUGGAGACUCUAUGGUGAGCAAGGGCCAAUUUGUGGGUCUCGACUGGAACCGCAUCACGCGGCUACACAGCCAAGUAAUGAUAGGCACACAAGAAGUGAAGAACUCACUAACAGCAUCGCGCUGUCACCUUAAAGCAUAUCAAAGAUGCGGCCAACCAACCUCCAAAGUGAGUAUAUUAAAGAUGAAACAACAACAACAUGAUAUUAAUUUGAGGAGGACUCGGAAAAAAAAUCCGAGUCCCAGAUGGGAUUUGAACCCACGACCCUCCGUGAUCUAGUCGGAUGCUCUAACCACUUGAGCUACUGGAGACUCUAUGGUGAGCAAGGGCCAAUUUGUGGGUCUCGACUGGAACCGCAUCACGCGGCUACACAGCCAAGUAAUGAUAGGCACACAAGAAGUGAAGAACUCACUAACAGCAUCGCGCUGUCACCUUAAAGCAUAUCAAAGAUGCGGCCAACCAACCUCCAAAGUGAGUAUAUUGAAGAUGAAACAACAACAACAUGAUAUUAAUUUGAGGAGGACUCGGAAAAAAAAUCCGAGUCCCAGUGAGUGCAAACUGAGUGAGCAUUAAAGAUUUAUGGUACAUUUUGUGUUUUUAUAGCAGAGAAAGUCUGUUUGAAAUGGAAAUUUGUCAGUUAGCAUUGUGUUAUUGACUUUUUGAUCGCUGAGGGUAAAAGGCAGAAUGAGAAAUUGCAGAGUGGCAUGUGGCAUGGCUUGCGGAAUGACAUAAUUAUGCGGAAUGUCAUAUGUGCAGAAUAACCCAAAGAAAUAAAUUAAACUGAAAAGUGCGCCCUUUUUAGGCGCCAAUCAAUUUGCAAACACAGCUGCUGUUUUAAUGUUGCGAGCUUGACAUACUAUGACACUGAUAAAAAAGUCAUGAAGGCUCAUUGCCAAUUAGCGUUUUCCGCCCAGCCACAAAGAUUCUUCUUGCCUUUAUUAGUCGGGCUAUAUGGUACAUGGCAGUACCGACAAGUACUACAUGUCAAAAGUCGGCCAUUGAACAAAAGAUGUUUUGGAAGGUCACACUCCCUUCCACUUUAAUUUUUCCUGCAAAACAAGAUGAUUGUCAAUUAACUAAGCAGUUUCCCUUUACCUAUAUUUGAAUUUGAAACCGCUUGAGAAGUGUUUCUUUUUCAGAUGGUGGGUUACGUGAUCGUGACAUAGAUGAAAUGGAUCUUGUUUUUUGUUUCCUUGGAUGCAUGGUUAAGUUUCUGGCACGUGAUGCUAACAGCUGGCGGAGAAAGGCGAGUUUGAAUCCUGGCAAUGGAGUCUGUGUCUUUUUUUCCUUUUUUUUCCCCUUCCUACUGUUUUAGCAUUUUUCAUGAUCAAACGCACACUCUCACUCAAACAAGGAUAGUGCGAAGACCGCUGUGUGGAAAAGCCGAAAGGAGACAGAGAAUGCAGUUCACUUCACUAGAUUUCUGGAUUUCAGAUUUGAAAUGUUUAAUGACUUGGGGCGUUCAUUUAGUCUAGCUUUAUAGCUCAAAUAUGAUCUGAUCCUUAAAAUAGUAGCUAACCUGAAUUCACGUUCAAAAAGCGUUCUUUUCCCUCUAGUGCUUUGACAUUUGACUAUAUUAUAAUAGUGGGCAGAAAGAAAGAAAGUAUUGUCAAAAACACCAAAAAUAAAUAAUUUUUUAAGUAUUAAAUAAGUAUUACAUAGACACGAAUCAAAUGCAGUAAAGCUUAUUGCUACUUUCUGUUUUGCCUUGUUGGUUUGAGCCAGCAGUAAUAAAUGGACCAGCAAAGCAGUUGCUCACUCAAGUUGGCACCAAAAAAAGGCACGGCAAAGACGUACGCAUGCUUUUCAGUUAAAUAAUAUUUAUUUCUUUGCGCCAUUUUCCAUAUUUUACAUUCAGCAUAAUUAUGCCAUUCCGCAAGCAUGCCAUUCUGUAAACUCAUUCCGUCUUUUACCCUCACCGCUUUUUGGUCGAGCUGAUGUUAAAUUCAAGCAAAUUUUGUAACGAGACAUGCUCAAAUUCGAGACAGCUUUGUUGUGUAGAUUUCAUCGCAUCGAUUAAAAUUUUAGUUGAGUUUAUACGGGCACAUUACGCUAGAAUAAGUGAAUUUCAUUUGAGUACAAAAACAUUUGAAUUUUCAAAUAAAUUUUCAAACAUGACUUCUGUGUAUAUUACUUUGUUCAUGUUCAUUCAUAACAGCAGUUCAGAGAACGGUCGAAAAUCAACAGUUUCAGCGCCGGCUGUGUCCGAAAAUUUCAGUUGCAAUUUUGACUUUUGAAGCUGGAUUUCUUCAGACGAAUUUCGAUACAAAUCCAGUUAAUUCCUUUUUAACAUCAGUGUUACCUCUUAUUCUAAAGGAAAUACAGUCAAAUUUUCUCAUUUCUACUUUACCUUUAUUUCAAAAAUUAUCACAUAAAUAACCUUCAAGUUGAUAAUUAUUACAGUUUUAGCUUAUGAGGGUGAGCUUGUUUUUUAAAGUCUUUUUAGGUAGUGUUUAAGCUUAUAUAGUUCCAGCUGUAGUUUUCCCUCAAAGUAUUUACCCUAAUAUUACGAGCAAGUAGAGAGAUGCCAUUCAGAAUCAGGUUGUUAGACCCCUGGUUGUAAGAGUCCUGGUUGUAAGACCCCCGGUGGUGAGAGUCCUAGUUAUAAGACCGCUAGUUGUAAGACUCCUGAUUGUAAGACCCCUGGUUGUAAGACCCCUGGUUGUAUAAGUCCUGGUUGUACGAGUCCUGGUUGUAGGAGUCUUGGUUGUAAGACCCCUGGUUGUAAGAGUCCUGGUUGUAAGACCCCUGGUUGUAAGAGUCCUGGUUGUAAGAGUCCUGGUUGUAAGAGUCCUGGUUGUAAGACCCUUGGUUGUAAGACUCCUGGUUGUGAGACUCCUGGUUGUAAGACCCCUGGUUGCUAGAGUCCCGGUUCUAAGACCCCUGGUUGUAAGAGUCCUGGUUUUAAGACCCCUGCCUGUAAGAGUCCUGGUUGUAAGACUCCUGGUUGUAAGAUUCUUGAUUGUAAGACCCCUGGUUGUAAGGGUCCUGGUUGUAAGACCCCUGGUUGUAAGAGUCCUGGUUGUAAGACCCCUGGUUGCAAGAGUCCUGGUUGUAAGAGUCCUGGUUGUAAGACCCCUUGUUGUAAGAGUCCUGGGGCCCGUUUCUCGAAGGUCCCGAUAAUUAACGGGCCUGGUAAGCUGUCUCCGUUUACAUUAAAGAUCAAGGUUUCAAUAGUUUUGCAUUCAACACGAUAAAACUGUCAGUUAAUGAAACAAAAUGGAGUAGUUUGCUAGCCAGGACCCGCGCUCUUAUUCUUUAUAUUUCGAUUUGAAUAUUUGAUUUCGGGCCCGUAAAAAUACUGGGACUUUCGAGAAACGGGCCCCUGGUUGUAAGACCCCUGGUUGUAAGAGUCCUGGUUGUAAGACCCCUGGUUGUAAGAGUCCUGGUUGUAAGACCCCUGGUUGUAAGAGUCCUGGUUGUAAGACCCCUGGUUGUAAGAGUCCUGGUUGUAAGACCCCUGGUUGUAAGAGUCCUGGUUGUAAGACCCCUGGUUGUAAGAGUCCUGGUUGUAAGACCCCUGGUUGUAAGAGUCCUGGUUGUAAGACCCCUGGUUGUAAGAGUCCUGGUUGUAAGACCCCUGGUUGUAAGAGUCCUGGUUGUAAGACCCCUGGUUGUAAGAGUCCUGGUUGUAAGACCCCUGGUUGUAAGAGUCCUGGUUGUAAGACCCCUGGUUGUAAGAGUCCUGGUUGUAAGACCCCUGGUUGUAAGAGUCCUGGUUGUAAGACCCCUGGUUGUAAGAGUCCUGGUUGUAAGACCCCUGGUUGUAAGAGUCCUGGUUGUAAGACCCCUGGUUGUAAGAGUCCUGGUUGUAAGACCCCUGGUUGUAAGAGUCCUGGUUGUAAGACCCCUGGUUGUAAGAGUCCUGGUUGUAAGACCCCUGGUUGUAAGAGUCCUGGUUGUAAGACCCCUGGUUGUAAGAGUCCUGGUUGUAAGACCCCUGGUUGCAAGAGUCCUGGUUGUAAGAGUCCUGGUUGUAAGACCCCUUGUUGUAAGAGUCCUGGGGCCCGUUUCUCGAAGGUCCCGAUAAUUAACGGGCCUGGUAAGCUGUCUCCGUUUACAUUAAAGAUCAAGGUUUCAAUAGUUUUGCAUUCAACACGAUAAAACUGUCAGUUAAUGAAACAAAAUGGAGUAGUUUGCUAGCCAGGACCCGCGCUCUUAUUCUUUAUAUUUCGAUUUGAAUAUUUGAUUUCGGGCCCGUAAAAAUACUGGGACUUUCGAGAAACGGGCCCCUGGUUGUAAGACCCCUGGUUGUAAGAGUCCUGGUUGUAAGACCCCUGGUUGUAAGACUCCUGGUUGUAAGACUCCUGGUUGUAAGAGUCCUGGUUGUAAGACCCCUGGUUGUAAGAGUCCUGGUUGUAAGAGUCCUGAUUGUAAGAGUCCUGGUUGUAAGAGUCCUGGUUGUAAGAGUCCUGGUUGUAAGAUCCCUGGUUGUUAGAGUCCCGGUUCUAAGACCCCUGGUUGUAAGAGUCCUGGUUGUAAGACCCCCGGUUGUAAGAGUCCUGGUUGUGAGAGUGCUGGUUUUAAGAGUCCUGAUUGUAAGACCCCUGGUUGUAAGAGUCCUGGUUGUAAGACCCUUGGCUGUAAGAGUCCUGGUUGUAAGACCGCUGGUUUUAAGAGUCCUGGUUGUAGGAGUCCUGGUUGUAAGAGUCCUGGUUGUCAGACCCCUGGUUGUAAGAGUCCUGGUUGUAGGAGUCCUGGCUGUAAGACCCCUGGUUGUAAGAGUCCUGAUUGAAAGACCCCUGGUUGUAAGAGUCCUGGUUGUAAGACCCCUGGUUGUAAGAGUCGUGGUUGUAGGAGUCCUGGUUGUAAGAACCCUGGUUGUAAGAGUCCUGAUUGAAAGACCCCUGGUUGUAAGAGUCGUGGUUGUAAGACCCCUGGCUGUAAGAGUCCUGGUUGUAAGAGUCCUGGUUUUAAGACCCCUGGUUGUUAGAGUCCUGGUUCUAAGACCCCUGGUUGUAAGAGUCCUGGUUGUAAGAUCCCUUGUUGUAAGAGUCCUGGUUGUAAGAUCCCUGGUUGUAAGAGUCCUGGUUGUAAGACCCCUGGUUGUAAGAGUCCUGGUUGUAAGACCCCUGGUUGUAAGAGUCCUGGUUGUAAGACCCCUGGUUGUAAGAGUCCUGGUUGUAAGAGUCCUGGUCGUAGGAGUCCUGGUUGUAAGACGCCUGGUUGUAAGACCCCUGGUUGUAAGAGUCCUGGUUGUAAGACCCCUGGUUGUAAGAGUCCUGGUUGUAAGACCCCUGGUUGUAAGAGUCCUGGUUGUAAGACCCCUGGUUGUAAGAGUCCUGGUUGUAAGACCCCUGGUUGUAAGAGUCCUGGUUGUAAGACCCCUGGUUGUAAGAGUCCUGGUUGUAAGACCCCUGGUUGUAAGAGUCCUGGUUGUAAGACCCCUGGUUGUAAGAGUCCUGGUUGUAAGACCCCUGGUUGUAAGAGUCCUGGUUGUAAGACCCCUGGUUGUAAGAGUCCUGGUUGUAAGACCCCUGGUUGUAAGAGUCCUGGUUGUAAGACCCCUGGUUGUAAGAGUCCUGGUUGUAAGACCCCUGGUUGUAAGAGUCCUGGUUGUAAGACCCCUGGUUGUAAGAGUCCUGGUUGUAAGACCCCUGGUUGUAAGAGUCCUGGUUGUAAGACCCCUGGUUGUAAGAGUCCUGGUUGUAAGACCCCUGGUUGUAAGAGUCCUGGUUGUAAGACCCCUGGUUGUAAGAGUCCUGGUUGUAAGACCCCUGGUUGUAAGAGUCCUGGUUGUAAGACCCCUGGUUGUAAGAGUCCUGGUUGUAAGACCCCUGGUUGUAAGAGUCCUGGUUGUAAGACCCCUGGUUGUAAGAGUCCUGGUUGUAAGACCCCUGGUUGUAAGAGUCCUGGUUGUAAGACCCCUGGUUGUAAGAGUCCUGGUUGUAAGACCCCUGGUUGUAAGAGUCCUGGUUGUAAGACCCCUGGUUGUAAGAGUCCUGGUUGUAAGACCCCUGGUUGUAAGAGUCCUGGUUGUAAGACCCCUGGUUGUAAGAGUCCUGGUUGUAAGACCCCUGGUUGUAAGAGUCCUGGUUGUAAGACCCCUGGUUGUAAGAGUCCUGGUUGUAAGACCCCUGGUUGUAAGAGUCCUGGUUGUAAGACCCCUGGUUGUAAGAGUCCUGGUUGUAAGACCCCUGGUUGUAAGAGUCCUGGUUUUAAGACCCCUGGUUGUAAGAGUCCUGGUUCUAAGACCCCUGGUUGUUAGAGUCCUGGUUGUCAGACCCCUGGUUGUAAGAGUGCUGGUUGUAAGACCCGUGGUUGUAAGAGUCCUGGUUUGUAAGACCCCUGGUUGUAAGAGUCCUGGUUGUAAGACCCCUGGUUGUAAGAGUCCUGGUUGUAAGACCCCUGGUUGUAAGAGUCCUGGUUGUCAGACCCCUGGUUGUAAGAGUCCUGGUUGUAAGACCCCUGGUUGUAAGAGUCCUGGUUGUCAGACCACUGGUUGUAAGAGUCCUGGUUGUAAGAGCCCGGUUGUAAGACCCCUGGUUGUAAGACCAAUUUGCCUGAAGACGGAAAACGGUUGAUUCAGCAAAAGAGAAAAUCAAAGGCUCGGUUUUUAAAAACAUGAUUGGUUUAAGGGCGGGCAGAUGGCAAUAUACAUGAACACGUACUGAUGACUCAACCGAAGGCAAGUGAAAAUGUUUUCUUUUUUGAUUAUGUUAUUUAUGUAAGAAACAGUAAACGUUGCAGCUGUGCAACCAUGGAGUUAUGGAUGCACUUGGGAGGUUUGCUAGGCACUCAAGAAGCUAGAAUUCCACUCAGCUAUCGCUUCUUGCAACUCUUACGCUUCCUUCAUGCUUAGCAACCUUCCUUGUGCAUCCAUGAAGUGAAGUUUUUGGGGGAAUUCAAACUACAGAAGAACUGUAAUCAAUCCUGCUAGUGUAUGCUAGCUACAGCUUGCCUGUACAACUUACUUUCUUUGCACCCUGGCUGUGAUAUUUCCUGACUCCCAAACUUCCAGCUAGUGUUAGUGGGGAUCUAGCAUUCAUUUUAUUUCUUGGAACCUUAGACUGGAGGCAUAUUACUCUGUGAUGUGCAUAAUUGGUCCAGAGAAGAAUUAACAGGUACAAUACCCCUCCCAGUAACUUUGCAACCUCAAAAAAGAAUAUGUUGCUUUUUCUUUCAAGGUGGUUAUCUGCUUCAUACUUUAAAGAAAGUGGAUUCAGCUGAAGAUGGCAAAAAACUCAUUGCUGACAGCUUGGAUAAUGGUAAAGCUCUUCACAAAUUCUGUGAGAUGCUGACAGCACAGGGUGUUAAGCCAGAUCUGGCACAAGAGCUUUGUACCCCUGGCUCAGACCCGUUCAGCAUUCUACCCCUUGCUUCCCAAAAAAUGGAGCUUGUGAGUGAUAAAAGUGGAAUAGUGUCUGAAAUAGAUGCCUUGGCAAUAGCAAAAGUGCUUCAUGAGCUGGGAGCAGGACGACAUCAUCCCGGUAGCAAGAUUGAUCAUGGCAUUGGUGCUACACUUAGUGUGCGAGUUGGUCAGUUUGUGAAUGUGGGUGACAAAUGGGUCACUAUUCAUCACAAUGGUAACCUAGGUGAUUCCCAGGUGGCCUCUUUGAAAGAGGCCUUUAAGAUUGAUGUAAAUGGCGGUACUGUGGACUUGCCUGUUAGGUCAAGAAUUAUAGAUGUUAUUGAUGGUCAAAGACCCUCAGUUUUUGUUUGCCAGUGAAAGUUCACGUUGUGAUCAUUAGCUAAUCAAGGUAUUUGAUCUUUUAUGAUUGUUCGAAAUGAGUCAAAAUUUUAAUAUAUUUUUA